UUAUGGUUUAUUUAUCUUAGAGUAGUCUUAGUCUUUACGGAAGACAAUUUACUUGUACCAGUAGUAGCAUCGAAGAUACCAAACAAGAGAAAAUGAUAUCAUCUCAAGAGAUUCUGGUAGUAUGCAUUAUAAGCUUGAUGUUUACGAUCGUGAGUUCUGGAAAAUCCUGCAAAGAGCGUGUUAAAAAUGCCAAGUACAUUGUCAACAACCUAGAUACUAUCAACGAGGAAUGCAACGCUGAUAUCAAAUGCAAAGUGGAAGAACCGACAGUAAAAUCUGUUUGGGCGACCUACGUGAGAUGGGGGAGGACCGUUUGCCCUAGGACUGCUAAGGUGUUAUACGAAGGUAUAGCAGGUGGGUCCCACGUUUCCAACACUGGGGGUGGUGCAAAUUACGUCUGCCUGCCAAAAAAACCCGAGUACGGAACAGUUAUCAGUGGCGUCGGUCGUGUUGGUGGGUAUAUGUACGGGGCGGAGUAUCAACUCAGGCCAGACCAUAGUAAUCCAUUUGUACUCCCUAAUCCGCAAAAUGUAAAUUCGCUCUACAACCAGGACGUGCCGUGCACAGUAUGUCAGAUCCCCCGUGGAGUGGUGAUGAUCCCUGCCAAACGGACCUGCCCAGAGGGGUGGACAUUCGAGUACAGAGGUUACUUGGUAUCUGAGCACCACGCCCACCCUAACAACGUUGUAUUUGAAUGUAUGGAUGAGGCGCCCGAGACAAGCCAAGGCGGACAUGAAGACAAGGAAGGUGCAUUGUUCUAUUCUGUACAAGGGGUGUGCGGAUCCCUGCCCUGCCCCGACUAUGUAAAUGGCGCAGAAUUGACCUGCGUUGUUUGUUCGAAAUAAAGUUAUAUAUAGUCGAUAGUGGACUUCAAAUUACCAAUACCAAAAAUGGAGACUUGUGAUUUUCGAAUAUCUGUUUAGAUUUUCUACGAUGACAUCUAUGGCAAUACUGUUAUUUCAAUUGAAAAGGUUGAGCCGAAUCCGAAUUCACACAAUUUUAAAAUAUCUGGAAAACUCUAGAACACAAAAUUAAGUUUAAGUUACAAUCUGAAUGUCAACAUAGACUAACAAGAUCAUGGCUCUAUAUGGAACGAAUGGAUUUUAAGGAAUGUUAUAUACCCAAUCGACCAAAAGGAUAAUCGACAUAUUUCAUCUUCUUUUUGCAAUAAUAAUAUAUACUUAUUAGUUACGUAAAACCCGAGUAUGGAUGAAAUUACAAAAUAAAAUGUUUGCUUAAA